GAGCGGCGGGGCAAAGCUCUAACCUGUACGACCGGACUAGCAGGAGUCCAGUGCCGAGCACUUCACACACGCCCGGACACGCGUCUCCCGGGAGUUGUCAUGAUGGCCAAAUCACCCCUAACCCAGGGUCGCGGCGAUCGACGUAUCACUCCGCCACGGGCUCUCCCUUGAGUCACCAGAGCAACUUGACAGCCAGGAGCGAUGCCAGUGAGCAGUACGAUCUUCCUGAGAGAGGACACGCGUGUUCCCCUCACUCUGACCAUUACCAGCAUGCGAACAGAGCUCUGAUGUUGAGCAACUCACCCACAUCGACACAUUCGUCGUCUCCCUGUAGGCCGUUGUCACCAAGUUCAAUGUAUCACUCAUCGGCAAAUUCUGCUUUAAGUCCCCAUGGCAACGCGGCGAUGAGGAGUGAUGUCGGAGAGCAGUAUGAUGUUGCUGAGAGGGGACAUGCUUAUAAUGCAUCGCUGUCUUUGAUGGAGAGCAGCGCCUCGCCGACACCCAGCCCCGCGCCGACACCCAGCCCCGCGCCGAGUAGGCUGUCGUUCCUGAGCAACUCGUCCGGCGGAACGGUAUUCAUGCAGGGCGGUGGUACGGUCCACAAACCCAGCGGUGACGACGACGGUGUGUAUGCCGAAGCACAUAGCGUGUUCGUCGUGGACGCCUCGGCCAGCACCGGCGACGGCAGCAACAGCCGUCUGGCAUCGUCCGGCAUCACCCGCGAUGCCGGCGAGCGCAGCAGCGCGGAUGCAGGUGUAGCGUCACCAUGGCAUGCCGACCCGGCUUCGUCGUGUGGCAUAUACACGAAGGCAGAGAGAGCCUUCACCACCACCACCACCGACGUCGUGAGUAGCAUGUCUGCAAGCAGCCUGAGUAGAUCAAUGUCGCACCGCCACAGCGUAAAGCGCAAGCUCUUGAUGUCAAUGGACAGCCAGGUAUCCUACUGUCAGACAUUUCCGCUCGAGAACCGCCUGGAGGAGUGCACCGACAGCGGACAAGAAGACUUCUACGACGUAGCCUACAAGGACGUCUGCAGUACCGUCACUUCCGACAAUAGCAGAUGCACAGGUAAUCAAGCGCCUGAUACCAAGGAGACACCGGCGACCACUCGCGACAGCGAAUGCGAAGAUGCAUACACUUACUGUUUCCACGACGACGAGAUGGCAGCGGACAGAGUUGGUGCCCUGGGUAGCCGUGACAUGGGUCCUCGGUCGCUCAGGUCCAAGUACAGGAGAACAAGUACCAUAGCACAGGCGAAGGGUUCGUUCUCCGCGCUCGAGGAAACGACGGAAACCACUCCGGAUGAUGCCUCUUCUGGCCGUGCAUCCACCGAAAGCUCAGCAACCGUACCCGUGGAAACUGUACCCAUGGCAGCUACUGACUACAGCGCAUGGGGCGAUGAGAUCUAUCAGGCUGUGGACGGUGGAGAUGUGCCGUCGGGAAGCCACGGCAGCAGAGCUCACAUGCCAGCAGCUGCAUCACGUCUCGACCAUGUGCACAAUGUGGCGAGAACGGACAGCUGGAAACAUUUAAGACGGAUGUCGAGUAGAAGCGGCACGAAGGUGAAGGGUGGUGGCGGCAGCGGUAGUGGUGGUGGAGGUAGAGUUGCCAUGACAGACUUUGAGCACGCCAAUUGCAUGUCAGAUGGACUGUAUGCCGAUACAGAUGGCAUGACAUCUCCGAGUUGUGAGAGAGCUGGUCGAAGCAGUCGCGACAGUGAACUAAGCGACCCCAGUCAGGAUUGGGUGGACUCUAGCGUUGGUCCACAAGACAGACAGGAGGGCGCCAGGGUCCGCAAGAGCCUCUCAAUGCGCAGUCUCUCCAUCAGGGUGCAAGGAGUGGGCCGGAUCAGGUCAGCAACAGCAAUGCCCUCUCAAGACCUCGGUGGCGACCGUUGGCCAGGCAAUGAUGCAUUUGACAAGCAAGCCUUCACCUCCGCCUCCAAGCCAAAGAGCUGCCAUAGAUCAUCGGUACCCGGUGCCGGUAGCAACAGUAGCAGCAGCAGUAGCAAGGAUCCCGGUCGCAUGUCAAUGCCAAACGCGAUCAGGAGCGUCAUGCGAGGCAUGAGACAGCUCGCCAUGCCUGCAAAGCACGAUAUGCCCGCCUUGCAGGAACAUUCACACACGUUCUACAGCCAUCUUGACCGCUUCGAACCCAGCAUUCCGAUGUCAGCACAACAUAACACUCCUCAGCUUCUUCAAGCACAGGAUAAGCUGCCGACUGACCCGAAGACCAGCGGCGACAGCAGCAGUGAAGUCAUCAAUCAACAUCUUGCAGCCAACCAGCAAUACAGUCGUUUAGAUGCGGCUGGGCGCUGUGAGGAAGUGGAGGGAGACUACAAUACGCUGUCCAACGUCAAGACGAGUAGUUCACUUCACAACACCAAGCUGUCAGAUUCGAUUUUCAAACAAGAUGCGUAUCACGAGCUGGGUAAGGCAGUGUCAAUGAAUGUCGAUUGUAACCCCAUGGUUGACAAUGCUGUGUAUGAGCAGUACUGCCGCAGAGGGAACACCGGUGGAGACAUGCGCGCCGCUGUCAAUGGAUUGGAAGAGACAAUCGCGAAAAGAAACUUGAUGUCCGAAAACGUUCUGUACGAACAGGGGCGGUUUGACAGUGAUGCUGGCAGCAAUGAUGCUAUGGCUUCGAAACAGACAAUUGCCAAACGUAACUCAAUGUCUGAUAACAUUCGGUACGAACAGCAAUGGCUUGAUAGAGAUGCUGGCAAUGAUGUUAUGGCUUCUAAAGAGAAUGCCGCAAAGCGUAACUCAAUGUCUGAUAACAUUCUGUACGAACAGAGCCAACUUGACAGAGAUGCUGGCAAUGAUGAUAUGGCUUCCAACGAGAAUGUCGCAAAGUGUAACUCAAUGUCUGAUAACAUUCUGUACGAACAGAGACAACUUGACAGAGAUGCUGGCAAUGAUGAUAUGGCUUCCAACGAGAAUGUCGCACAGUGUAACUCAAUGUCUGAUAACAUUCUGUACGAACAGAGACAACUUGACAGGGAUGCUGGCAAUGAUGCUCUGGCUUCGAAAGAGACAAUUGCCAAGCGAAACUCAAUGUCUGACAAUAUGUUGUGCGAACAGAGACAGCUUGAGAGUGAAGUUAGCAGUGAUGUGAUGGCUUUGAACGAGACAAUUGGCAAGCGUAACUCGACGUGUGAUAACGUCCUUUCCGGACAGAGACAACUGCACAGUGAUGCUGGAAAUGAUGUUAUGGCUUCGAAAGAGAAUGGCGCGAGACUUAACUCGAUGACUGACAAUAUUCUGUAUGAACAGCAGCAGCGACUGGACAGUGAGACCGGCAAGGACGAAUACAGUGCUGUCUUUGAGCCAGCGUGCGACCAUGAUAGGUUUCUGAACAUUGCUGGCCCCGGUAGGCAGCAGCAGGAUUCCGCAGAGGCCCAGCACUCCACUAUUUGUUAGCCCAGUGUGCAGCAAGCUACCAUCUUGAGUGACCUCUUCGCAGCCCACCUAGCUUGUAGCGUGUGCCAGACAGAAAUGACCGCUAGAUGAGUAAUCUGAUGAAUCUGUAACGGGAGUCAUCCCUGACGAGAUUGGCAUGGACUUCAUAUCUGGAGUGUUCGUCGUCUGAACCUCAAUACUCCCAUGCAGGCGAUCAUCUGCCUCCCUGCUCCGCAUCCCAGCAACUGUUUGGCCGAUCAGACAGGAAA